AACACUGCUGACUGUCAUUUCCUCCUCGGAACUGGCUGUUACAGUGUACACAGAGAAAGAGAGAGAGAGGGUGGGGAACAAGAGGGUGCAUGGCCCAGGGACACAGAGUGGCCUGACGGUGGGGAAGUGAGCACCGGUCUGGCUUUGGGGCUGGGGGCCAGUCUACAGAUCCUGUACAAUCCCCCACCCACCCCACCCCCGGGUCUCCCCGUUUACUGUGUGUCUGAGUCACUUUGAGCUGGGGAUUGCGGAGUGAGGAAAAUGGUUCGCAUUCUCGCCAACGGAGAGAUCGUGCAGAAUGAUGACCCCAGAGUUCGCAAAGCACCGCAGAGACGGGAGGAUCUGAACAGACCCCGGCAGGGUUUUAUCCAUAACUCUGAGAAUGCAAACCACUUUUAUCAGGGACAAGCCAAUCAAGGUCACUCGCUGUUUGCCAAUCUGAACCAACGAUUGAUUAACAUGGGAUUUCCACGUUGGAAUCUGGGGAAUCAAGUCAUUGAGCCACUCAUCUCUGUCCUCUUGAUCCUGUUGCUAAUGAUGUUCGGAAUGCGUGGUCUUCUCCUGAUUGGUGGGCUUUACCUCUUUUCUCGAUUUACUCAACGGUAACUCAGUUAGUUGCGGAGAGUGGUUUUAUCUGACUCUGUACAAGUCUACGUGAAUUUUUUUUCUUUUCCUCCUACUUAUAAAACUGGUGAUCUGAGAAUAUUUACCAUUGACUAUAUAUAAAAAAAGAAGAGGAUUGUUUAAACGUCACUUUCUGCCAAUUUUUCAUAAAACAACUCUUUCAUAAAUGUGAACUUUAGGAAAAACAUUAUUCCUUGUUACUAUUGCUUUAAUUGCAAUAUUAUCGUUGAAUCUGUCAUUUGCUGAGUUCACCAGUCAGAAAAAUAGAAGCUGGUGUAGUGGUGGUUGUGGUGUUAUUAAGUUCAUUCAUGUCCUGCAGGGAAGUAAAUCUGACAUCUUUACCAUCAACUGCAAAUUCCCCUCUCCAAGCCCCACACCACCUCGAUGUGAAACUAUAUCACCAGUCCAUGAAGCUGAAUUAAAUUCCUCCCUAACAUCAGUGUGGCUGCAAUGGUUCAAGAAGGUACUUCACCACCACCUUCUCAAGGGGCAAUUAGGGAUGGGUAAAAUGUCCAGGCGAGCCAGCAACAUUCCUGAAAAAAUAAGUUUUUUAAAAAAAAAUUCCAGUCUGACCUACAAAUUACUCCAGUCCCAUACCAACAUGUUGAAUUCUGACUAAUUUAUUGGAAAGAUUCUCACACAUUGUUUCCCACCCAGCGCAUCACCGCAUCAUUUCAUUGUUCCGAAGCUUAGAAUUCCCAACAGGUGUCACAGCUGGAUGUUCAAAAUCCGACUGAGGGAAACCCUGGAUAAAAUCCAUUGAAAUGCGGCAGGGUGAUUGGUGGUAACAAAGUUAGUGUAUCAAAAGUGAAUCUUUGGACUUGCAUCAAACGUCCUCAUGGAACAAGAGUCACUUUUCUGGCAAUGAAAAGUUGAUGAAUUUCCCAAGAAUUAACUAGAUAAAAAUUCACCCAUUUUCACCUGUGGUCAGUUUUAAUUGAAACUCCCUCUAUUCUCUCAUCCCCUAACUCUUGCCCCGUUUUCUUUCAUUUCAGAUAUGUCACCCCAGUCUCCCUCAACAAUAAUCUAAUUUUCUUACAAUGUUUCUAGGUACAAUUUCCAAAGCCCCUCCCUCACCUAUGCUGUUGCUGAUCACCCAGUCACAUUCUGAACCUGGAGUCUGAUGGCUGACCCCAGGAAAUCCUCUAACCCCUGCUUAUGCCCUCACUACGAUCUCAUCCUACCCUGUUCCUGCAGUGCAGAGGAGAAUUACCCACAUUACUUCCAGCUCUGAUAUAUUGCAAGGAAGUCCCAACUACAUCUGACACUUUGUUCGCAAUGUGAGGUGGAGUGACAGCCCCAGCUGCAAAACCCAAGUGCAAGCUCUCUGAAUGAUGCCCUGAUGGAGUAGCCAGGGUUGGAGAGUGACUGUACCUCUCCCAAUCACUGUGAUUGGGCAAGUUUGCAACUGGACCACCCAACCUCAUCAUCCAAGGUGCAAACUCUGGCACAGCAUCUUCACAGUACUAUGCAUUUGGACAUCAUUGAGCUGCACAGUUUCCCUCUGGAGGUAAGGAUCUGUCUGGCUUUCUGCUGGGCUGCAACGGUCCAGAGGUUUCCUUCACAUUCCCAAUGUGUCCCCUGUGCUUUUGGCUGCAUGGUACCAGUUUCAGUCAAGCCAGUGAAGAAACCAAAUGAAGGUUGACUAAUCCUCGCUUAGUUCAAUUGUAUGUUCACUAAUUUGGACCUUGCCUCAAGGUGCCUCUGCUUCACCAAGCAACUCCCCCUUUCACUCACCUUUGAUCAAACGUCACACGACACGAGGUUAUAGUCCAACAGGUUCAUUUAACAUCACAAGCUUUCAAAGCGCCGCUCCUUCAUCACCUGACAAAGGAGCAGCGCUCUGAAAGCUUGUGACUUUAAAUAAAUCUUUUUGACUACAACCUGGUAUCAUGAUGUUUGACCUUGUCCAUGAACUCCCACAUCAAGCCAACACUGAAGAACUAGAAUGGUACAAAGAUGACAUGAUUCUUCGACCAAAUAUGAAUGGGAAAUCUUUAUGUACAACAGUUUAUAUUAAAAAAGACAAACAGCUUCAGUAUUGCUAAAAUAAGAUGUAAUUUUUUGAAAAUUUUCAUCUGGCCCACAUCAGAACAUUUUGCAAGAAUAAACAUUCAAGGGAAAAAUCAACAUUUUAUAAUGAGUAAGAGGAAAGGGCUCAUUUGUUGGUACAUGAUAGAUGCAUUGCCAUGAAAAACACACCCAUCAAUAUUGACCGGCAGAUAGUAGUCAGGCUUUAUUAAAUUUGAGUUUGAAUUUUUAUUAUUGUGAAAUGCCCUGAUUGCAAGAGGAAAAGUUUUGACAAAAUGUGUCUUUUUUUCAGUAGUAGCAAGUUUCUGUCUGACCAUGUGACUCAGAAGACAAAUAAAAAAAUCCUAUUAUAUCUUAAAAA